UGAUCGCGCGCGUCGCGCUCUUAACGAAAGUUAGCGGGAAAUUUGAUAGAAAUAUACGUUUAGUCAGGUAAAUAAAAUUUUCGUGUUAGAUUUGAGUGACACAUUGAUAACUAACAUUUUUAGUAUCGGUUAUGAUUUCUUUGGGGACUGUGUUCUAAAUAAAGUGUUAGUGCCAUUUGGAUUGAUUGAUUUAUUAUUCACAAACAAUAAUUAUACAUACAGAAAUAUUAAGAAAGUAAGCGAAGUCGGGCGUCAAUGGAUAUCUUGUAAGAUGAGCGUCAUCAUUUUCACACCGUGCGAGCGUGACGGUCGUUCUUGAAAAAGGCAAGAUGCAUUUACAAAUUGAAGUUAUACUUCAAGCAGCUAUAUUACUCCUGUUAUGGAUAGAUUCACCCAUUGCCUAUGGACAGGAGACCUACGACACAACGUACUGUCCAAUCGGAUAUUCACUUUUCUUCACAAAAAGUAAACAUACCCCAUAUUGUUUUCGACGGAAAGGACCAGAAACAUUCGCAGACAAAUACAAAGAUUGUGCCGGAAAUUUGUACACUUCCAAAUUAUAUAAUGAAAUGAAUAUUACGAAACCAGAUUAUGUGAUAUGGACUGAGUACAAAUCUAUGCAUCCAGGGGGACUCUUCGUCGACUGGUCCUACACGAAAACUAUCGGAGAAAAAUUCGACGCCGUCUAUGAUGUCACAAUCGAUCCUACAUUAGAUUUAGAAGAAGAAUUAUGCCUAGUUAUUGACCCAGUUAGCAAUUAUACUGCAGUGAAGUGCAACGAACAGCAAUAUAGUUUCUGCGUUAUUAAAGCUUAUGAUUAUAAAGAUAAUACUAAGGGCGAAGGUUGUGAAGGCUUAAAGGAUUCUUUGAGGUUUUGGAGUCCAGAGUCCACAUGUUUGUCGGCCUUGACUGGGGUUGGGGGUGGUGCAGUUCGAGCGACAUGGAACCAGGCCCAGGAUCUUUGUACGAAGAAAGGAGGUUCACUACUGAAUCGUGGUUGGAGACUCUCCAAUUACCCAAUGUUUCGAAAUUCAGGAAUAAAUUAUACAUAUCCGUUGGGUAUUGUAAUGAGCUCCGAUUAUUCCUUGUUGAGAUAUGAUGCGACAAAUGAUCAUAGCGAGAUACCAUUAGGUGAAUGGAAUUUUCAAAAUUUCUUUUACUACAAUGACACUUUGUUUGGAUCUCUUCAUAAUGAUAUUUGGAACCUCGUAAAUAGUUCUUAUAUUUUCUAUGAUGUCAUUUGUGAGCACUCUGUUCCUCUAGAAGACUUGACUUUGGAUGUUGCCAUAGAUUUGGAAAACAAAUUGACAUUGAUAACUAACGAUACAUUGAGCGGUGAUGAUAUAUACUGUUUUACUGAUUCGGUAAACCGAUAUCCAGUAAAGAUUAACAAGAAACGUGUCGACGAAACGAAUGAAUUCAUCUUAAAACCAAAAGAUGACGGGUACUAUUGGUGUACUCAUAUUAAUACCAAAAAAUAUACAGUUAAGGAAUCAAAAAAGGUUUUAUUCGUUAGAGAAAAGCAGUCACUUAUUAAUGUAUACGCCAUAAAAUUAAAGAAUAAUAAGCUGUAUAAAUUGGACGAUUUGCCAAAACUUUUCAAAGUGUGGGAGGCGAAGUUGAAGGAGUACAUAUUUUAUAGAACAAAAUAUAUUAACGUUUAUGGCGAAAUAAAUUCGAAUAUAACGGAAGAUGUUUUGAAAAGUUUUAAAAAUUCAGGACUUGUUCAAAACGAGAAAACUGUGAUUCUUAAGAUGAAGCUAAAAAGGUUGUAUAUGGAUAGGCGAACGGUUCUGGUGCACGUUGAGUUAAGUCCUGACAUGAAGCCGGUCACACCAGGGUUUUGGGAUCAAAUGGAGAUUUUAUCGAUGAAGCCAGUUUUUUACUGCAAAGGAUUUGAUACGAUUCCUCAAAUGGCGCUUGGAGAAUCAUUCGACACUGCUGCGUGUCGAACUCACACGUGCGUCGGAAAUUUCAACGAAGGCGUCCAAUGGGUGACCACUGCCAAAGCCAACUGUACCCCAUACGUUGCUAUCGACAAGGCUUUUAGAAUGCAAGACGAUGGCAUAGCCAUCGUUAUGCCUUCUGUAGUACCAUCAUCGACGACAAUGUCACUACCAAUACUAGACGACAGUGAUAGCUCUGAAGAAAUAUACGAAUCAAUAACAGAUGAUAUAAUUAAAACAACUACAACACUAGCAGAUUAUCGAAGUAAUACAACAAGUGAAACAGAAACAGACGAACCAACAACUACAACCAAUGCAUCAAUAAGCACUACUGAUAUAACUGUUGAUAGUACUACAGACAGUGUUGAUCUAACGUCUGAUAAAGAUAAACCGAGUACAGAAUGCACUACAUCCUCACCAUCUUCUACAUCUUCUACUCCCAUUGUAAGACCGCCGGAAGAGCAAUUGGAGCAAGUUCUUCAAGACUUGGAUAAGUUGCUGAACAAUGCAAGUACCCCAGUGAUGGUUGAGGACAUCGACGACGUAUUCAAUCAGGUUGACGACAUCCUACAAGUUCACGAUAGCCUGGAAAUUCCAGGACAAUUGCUGCAUCUGCUGGAUCGACUCGGUUCCGCCAUAGAACUGAACGGCUCAAGAAGUGCAGCGGCCGUUAGAGGAAAUAUUGCAUUGUUGAUGGCAGAUGCCAAUCCUGGUCAUCCUGUCAGGGGUUUGAAGAUAGCAACCAGAGACACUGAUGUGUUUACGGAUGACGCUUUUGAGAUCAUUUCAACUGAACCAAACUCAACAGUCCUGGACUCGGAGAACAACGAGGUAGUAGUCCAUCUCCCGCAGUCCGUGUCAGAAACGUCUCAUCGCAUUAGCUUCGUCGUAUUCAGAAACGACCGAGCCUUCCAGCCUAACGAAGGACUGUACUCCGUCAACAGUAGGGUCCUGAGCAUCAAGGUCGGGGAGGUCACGCAGUUCGAGAACGGGGAGGUUAUCGACAUCCAUCUUAGCCCUUUGACAGUAGAUCCGAUUCGCAAUCAGAGCCGAACUUGUGCUUACUGGGAAUUCCUCAAUAAUGGAUCCGGUUACUGGUCGCAAGAGGGUUGCACUCUUAUCCGCGCCACGCAACCAGGUAUGUUGGAUACUUGCAGAUGUACCCAUCUCACUCACUUCGCCGAGGUUCUUUUCCCUCGAAGUGUCUUCUCUCAAAAGGAUGAGGACAUCCUGGAACUUCUCACGAUCAUCGGUUGCUGCCUUUCCCUAUUCGGAUUAAUAUUUGUGGGAGUGACAGCCGCCAUCUUCAGGUCCUGGAGGAGGGACUUCAACAACAAGAUCUGGCUGCAACUCUGCAUAGCUAUUUUUAUGGUAGCACUAAGUUUCUUAAUAGUAAUUUUCGCGAAAUUCGAUCAAUACAACGUAUUUUGCAUGCUCACCGGUAUUGUUUUGCAUUAUUCCGUACUCGCCUCAUUCUGCUGGAUGUUGGUCGCGGCUGUCUUGUCAUACAGGAGAUUGGUUCUUGUCUUUACUAGAGACGCUUCGCACAAGUUGCUAAGAGCCUCCGCGUUUUCUUGGGGAGCUCCCUGCGCGGUCAUUGGUGUUCUUCUCUCAAUCAACCCUCAGUCAUACGCGGGUCCAUUCGAAGAGAAGACACCCAGUGCAUCCUUUUGUUACCCUUCCGGUCUCGGUCUCUGGCUAGCGGUGUACGCACCGAUAGCUAUCAUCUUGCUAGUGAACUGGACGCUAUUCUUUCUAAUAGUACGUUCCGUGUUCGCAUCCAGAGGUAUUCAAAGGCACGGGGAUACGAACGAAGCGUUACGAUGCGCUUCCGUCAGCUGCUUGUUAGUUUUCUUAUUCGGCUUGCCUUGGAUUUUUGGUCUCUUCGCUUAUAAUGUCGUCGCUGCUUACUUUUUCACGUUGACAGCGACAUAUCAAGGUUUGAUGCUGUUUCUGUUCUUCGUCCUCGGUAAUAAGAAGACUAGGGAUUUGUGGUUGAAUAAGCUUAAGAUCAAGCAGACGCGUAAGGUACCAGUUACGUCAUCGACUUAUUCUAAUAGGAGUACCGGUUGGAGGGGGGGUACUCAGGGGAUGAACUUCGAAGCUAAGGUGUCAAAGCCCAAGUCUCUUGCUCAGGAUGACUCUAGAUUCUCUUGACACAAACUAAAGAAGAGAUCUCCUUGAAAACGAGUUUAACGCUCCUUGGACAGCUUGCUUUUGUCGAUUAAAACACUUUUAAAAUUUAACUUUUAAUUUUACAUUUCGUUUAUUUCUCGAAUAUUUGUUCUUUAAUCGACACUUUUAGAGAGACUUUCUUCUUUCCUCAUAUCUAGACAUCAGGUUAAUCCUCAGCAGUCGAAGUUCAUUACUGCUGAUGUUUUUUUAAAUAUUUCAUCACGAUUAGACCUCUUGGCACUUGAAUAGGGUUACUUUUCUGCAGGAUACUUCGGUUCUAAUUGAUAGAUUCUUAUAUGAAAUGCCAUAAGUGUCAUUUCUAUGAUUUCACACUAGGAAACUUUAUACAUUUUGAUCGUCGAACUUCCCAAGUUCCUGCAGUGCUAUAGGAUCACAUUUUCCAUAUUGUACUCGUAUAUUCAGUAUUCAUGAAAUGUACGUUCUGACGAUCAUGUGUUUUUUUAAACUCCUCCUUUGGAAAUAUUUUUUAACUAUGGGGACACAUUCCUGUAUUUAUGUUGAAGAUAUAUUAAUGUUCUAAAUUCAAAAUUAUUCUGUAAUAAAAUAGAUACGCAAUGGCGAGGCUUCAUACGAACUUGACUUUUGAACUUUAAUUAUUUUCAAAAUAUCGAUUAUUCGAUAUCUAUCUAGUCGUACACUUUACUCGUAAGUUUAUAUUCGGUAAUAGGAGUAAUAGUAUAAGUUUAUGCAUAUAUUAGCAUAUUUAUUUAUACAAGCAUGCAUAUAUGUUUUGUAGUUUCAUUCUUUACCUUUUAUAUGCUAUUAGGCGAAUAAAAUGACCAUAUAUAUAUCAUUAAUAGUCGAAUCAAUUCAGUAUUUAUGAUAAAAUAUUUAACCUCUUUUAAAAUCAAUAUUCACCUAUGCAACAGGUAAUAAAAUUGUCUACAUAUCGUUUAUUUAAAUAUGCAUAUUCAUUCCUAUUUACUGCGUCAUGUAUGCAUGCAUGCUUGAAAGUGUUCAUUGGCUAAUAUUUUUUUCCUAUUCAUAAUUACACUUACAGUUCAUAUCAGUAUUACAAUUUUAUUUUUACUAAUACAUAGGUAUUAAAAAUAAUUGUACUGUGUCUUUUGAUUCUUACAAAGGAACAUAAUAUUUGCAGUCAUUUUUUAUACAGAAACAUUUUUGCUUGUCUUUCCCAUGGUUCCGUUGUUUCGUGAAAACGUAACAGACGUACAGAGUUAUAUUUUAAAACAUCAUGGAUUGUUGGUUGACUUUUACACUGACAGCAAGUUUUUAUAAAUAGAACUUGACACUGACAUUUGCAUUUUUUGCAAAUCUAUUAUAAAAAGAGGCAAAGGCGUAACUUUAUUGAGACACGAGAUGCAUAAAUAGCUCAUUGCAGUAAAUAAAGUCUUUGUUUAAAUCUUUAAUCAAUAUAAAAGCAUUACACUUGGUUAUUGAUAGUCUAAAAACUAAUAUCGGUUCUGAAAGAUCACGAAGAACUUCCCCCGGAAGUGUUAUUUCUAUGUAUUGAUAGAAGACAUUUCUUUCAGUAUCUUUGGAGGCAGGUGACCGUUAAGUGUCCCAUUUAUUUCUUGCCUACCUGCCUUCCUAAAAUAUGCCUUUUUAAAACUAUUUUAAAGUAUUAUUUAAUUAUUCCUUCUUUUUGUAAUUAUAUGUAAGUAAUGAAUUUAAUUGUAUCUAUAAAAAGUAAUA